GCACCGACCCCAGACACCGCCGGCCAGCGCAGCGACCGCACCGCCCUGGAGUACUUACGUCGGCACCACCACCCAUCUACCCAUCACCAACACCACCACCACCUACGUCCCACUUCCUCCCCACCUUCAUCCUACCCAAGUCGGCACCCAUCGAAAUCAUCUAGCCAUCAUGAAGGGCAUGACAAAGGCCCUUCAGCGGACGCCGCACAACUUGACCUCCAAGUUUGGCAUGUCCAAGAAGUCGACCGAUGCCGAGUACAACGACUGGGAACGCAAGUUCGCUGCCAUCGAGGCUGCGUCGGAGAAGAUGCACAAGGACUCGGUCGUGUUUCGCGACGCAGUGACAUCACUUCUCACGUCGGGAAACAGCUUCUCUGGGUCUCUUGCUACGCUGUUCGCGCCCAUCGGCAACGAGUACAACCUCGCGUCCAAGUUCCCGCAGUCCGAGGUGACGAUCAAGAACAUUGCUUCUUACCAGCGCCUCAUGGAGGAGCUGAAAGAAACGCUCCAGCCCGAGCUUGAUCUCAUCGAGUCUCGCAUCGUCCAGCCCAGCAAGGAGCUGAACGACAUCUGCAAGAAGAUCCGAAAGACUUGCACGAAGCGCGACCACAAGCUCGUCGACUAUGACCGUCACAACAACAGUCUCAACAAGCUUAGAGACAAGAAGGAGAAGUCGCUCAAGGACGAGAAGAACCUGUUCAAGGUCGAACAGGACUUUGAGCUGGCUGCCGGCGAGUACGAGCACUACAACAACCUCCUCAAGACCGAGCUUCCCGAGUUCCUGCGAAUGGCGACUCAGUUUGUCGACCCCCUCUUCCACUCGUUCUACUACAUGCAGCUCAACGUGUACUACAUCAUGCUCGAGAAGCUUCAGUCGUUCACCGACGGCAAGUACGACCUCGAGCGCCGUGACAUCGAGAAUGUCUACUUUGAGCAGCGCGGCGAAGCGGGCGAGCAGCUUGAGGAGCUGGGAAUCACCAAGCGCCUGGUUACGACUGCCAAGCUUCUUCAGCAGUCCCGCGGUGGAUCGGCUGUGUCCCGCAACGUGUCGUCCUCAUCCAAGGCUGAUCUUGCGCGCAAGGAAUCGACUGGUGGCUCGUAUGCUGCUCGGAAUGUGUCUGCGCCUCCGCCCUAUAGUGCUGCGUCGGCAGCUGGUAAGAAGGCGCCCCCUCCCCCUCCUCCUCUCAAGCCGAAGCCGGGCGCAGCUGCCAAGGUAUACUGCACUGCAAUCUUCGACUACGAAGCACAGGCUGCGGGUGACCUGUCAUUCUCCGCCGGAGACCGCAUCGAGAUUGUCGAGAGGACCGACUCUGCGGAGGACUGGUGGACGGGCCGACUUGAUGGUCGCCAAGGCAUUUUCCCUGGCAACUACACCCAAGUCGACUAAUUGGGCCAUCUGCCCGUAACAUAUAUACACAUGAUGCUACAUACUCGAAGUUGA